AGCGAUGAUUUUUCCAUCUGCGAUGAUUGCUUAGGCCCAGAUAAGCAUCUCAAGAUGAUCAAGCAGAACAUGGGAGAAGAGUGCAAAUCGUGCACCAGACCGUUUACGGUACUCCGAUGGAACAAUUCGGUUUCAGUCAACAAGUCCAAGAAGACCAUAAUAUGUUAUACUUGCGCACGAGCUAAGAACUGCUGUCAAUCGUGUAUGCUCGAUGUGAAUUAUAGAAUACCCAUUGAUAUACGAGAUACGGCUUUGAAGAUGGCUGGCUUGGAAAACCCAGCUCAGCUUCUAGGGGCCAGUAGUAGUACGACCAAUAGAGAAGUCAAGGCGAUAAUAGCAGACAAACAGGAUCAAAUAUUUAAACAAAAGGACGAACUCGAUUCUGGAGAUGUUGAUAGAAGAAACGAAGCCAGAGAAAUCCUCAUGAAAUUGUCACAACGACUCAACGACAAUAGCAAACUAACAAAGACAAAAUCCCUAAAGUCCGACAAGGCAGAAGAAGAAAAAUUGAACAAGACGGAUGUGAGUAAAAUUGUGGCAAAGUUACCCUUUGGAGGGCUGUUGGACGUAGAAAAACAUCCUGAAGUUGCUUCAUUUUUUUUGUUUGGGAUUAGUUCCGAUUUGCCUCAGUAUGCCAUUAGCGAAUUUUUCGGCAGUUUCGGUAAGAUCAAGACCAUUCAGAUUGUCCAUAGAGCCAAAUGUGGGUACGUGGCAUUAAGUAGCAGAAAGACUGCCGAAGAAGCAGCCAAGUCAAUCGUCUCUAAUGGACUCAACGAGAACAGAGCCACUGCUGGUCUAGUGAUUCUACUUGAAAAAUAUCCCAUGAGAGUCUGCUGGGGCAAGCCCAAGUCGCUAGGAGUGACUAAUGAUGAACACUACAAGAUCAGUUUGGUGGUAAACAAGGUAAUGCGACAGUUAGCCGAGAAAGACACUGCUUUUCUGACAAAGAAUAAUAAGACUAUAAGUCUGGCUAAGACUGAAAAGAAUACUACAGCCACCAAUAAGAAC